UCUUUUGGCAAAAUGAUUUAGAAGUUGAGAGAUUAUUAUAUAUUUCAAAAAAUUCGUGACAAGGAAAAAAUAUUUGUGAGAAUUGCCUAUGAAGAGAAGAUAUAGAUACAAAUUAACCAUGGAAUGCUCCCUGAUAAUUAACCUCUGAAUUGUAAGAGGAAAUACUUCAAUUUUAAGAAAUUAAAAUUAAAUAAUAACAAUAGAAUUUAUCCAUAGACAGAAUUAAGAAAAAGAUUAAGACUAAAUAGUUUGGAAAUAGGGACAGAAGAGAUCCCUCCAGUAGAAAGAAUGAUUAUUAAAAUUAAAUUAAAUUAUACAACUUUUAUAAAGAGUAUUUUUUAUUAUUAUUCAUAAAUGAGAAUAUCAUUUUAAGAAAUCAAUCGAAGAUUUGAUAUAGAAUGA